CCUCUGAGCCGCGAUGGUCAGCAGGUGGCUGCUGUCGGCGCUGGUGCUGGCCGCCGUUCUGGCCGGCCUGCACGGCGUGCCCUGCUCCAGGAGCCCGUCUGGGGACCAUCUGUCCGGCUCGCGCCAGGUCGCGGAAGGACGACCCUGCUCCGGAUGUGGCAAGACUAGCAACGGCCGAGCGGCAGUGGAAGAGUUCUCUGGUCACGGCAGCCUGCCCGGAGGCUGCUCCCACGCGGCCGGAAAACCCUGCUCCAAGUGCACCAAACGCUCCCGGCGAAGGUCAAAGAGCGGCGGCAGCAAGAAAUCACGCCGAAAGAGCAAGAAAAGGAGCCGAAGAUCUACGAAGAAAUCAGGUCGGAGCUGCGCUCUUUGCGGGAAGAGCUCCUGCCGCCGAGGGAAGGGUGGCUCCUGUCGAAGUCGAUCCCGAUCGGCGUCCGGAAAGCGUUUCUCCGGAAAGACGUGCACAAAAUGUGGCGGCCGCAAACGCCGGAGAUCCAGCAGUGGUAAGUUCAAGAAAAGCGAGAAGUUACAAGUGAAAAAGAGGCGCCAGUCCAGCAAAGGAAAAGGUCGGAGCUGCGCUUCUUGCGGGAAGAGCUCCUGCCGCCGAGGGAAGGGUGGCUCUUGUCGAAGUCGUUCCCGAUCGGCGUCCGGAAAGCGUUUCUCCCGAAAAACGUGCACAAAAUGUGGCGGCCGCAAACGCCGAAGAUCGAGCAGUGGUAAGGUCAAAAAGAACGAAAAACCACAGCUGAAAAAGAGGCGCCAGUCCAGCAACGGAAAAGGUCGUCCUUGCACUUGCGGCAAAGGAUUCAACAGCCGUCGGAAGCGUGGAUUGGGCAAACGCCGGUCCCGGUCAGCAUCGGGCAAACGCCGCAGCUUCUUCGGGAAAAUGAGCAACUGCGGUGGCCGCCCACGCCGUUCUUGCACUUGCGGAAAGAGUCGGCGCAAACGUGGACUGGGCAGACGCCGGUCCGGAUCGUCAUCGGGCAGACGCCGUCGAAACUACUCCGGAAAGAAGUGUAAAAAAUGCCGCGGACGAAAAGGUGACAAAUCGCGACGAAGAAGGCGUCGCAAUGGUUCGUCUAGAAGGCGCAAGUACUCACGUAAUAAUAAAAAGUGCAGGCGAUGCCAGCGUAAGGCCAGGCGGUUCAAACGAUCGUCGUCGGGUGGGUCAAAGCCUCGCCGAGUCAGAAACAAUCGACAGCCGAAGAAGAGGAAGCGCGUCGUUCCGCGGCGGAAAGAGCGAUCGCUCAACAAGGGAUGGGUGGAAAAACAAAAGGAAUGGCAAAAGAAAAACAAGAAAUGGAGUGCCAAAAUGCGGAAACUGCGCGAUGAAAGGAGGAGGUUGAGAGCUGAGCGACGAAGAAUCUGGAAACUUCGUAACAAGUCUAGACGUGGACGGCGUGGGAGGUCAUUAUCCGGCAAAGGAAGGCGGCCAAGAGGACGAGGCCGGCGCCGACGCCGGUGCAGGAGGGGGUCGAAGAAGGGACGGCGAUGUGGGUGGAAGCGAUCGCGGACUCUCGGGUGGCGCAGAGCACGGAAAUGGGGAUGGCGACGAGGCUGGAAAUGGAGUGGCAAGCCGCGGAGAGGAGGAAGGAGAAGGAGAGGCGGAAGGAGAAGGGGAUGGUUCCGUAAAGCAGACUACCGCGUAUCGUUUACCCAGGAGGGAUACAUCAUUUUUACUCUUGGAAAUAGGAAACUUCCCAGGUUCUUUAUGCCAGCUAAGGUUGUGGGCGUCAACCUGAUACCAGUGCCGGUGGAGACGCCAGAGGCGGCGGCGUUCUGGGUUUGGUAUCACCGAAUGCACUUCCUCAUCAUUUCUAACAAGAAAUACUUCUACCCGUCUACGGGCCAUCUUCCCGUGGAGAAGCUGAAGGCGUCUCCCUCUGACGUCACUGGUGACAGUGUCCAGGUCGUCGUCGUCCAGGCGCCGCGCAGGAAACGUCCAUCAAGAAGGAAAGCAGCAGAAAAAUUAUCUUUCGGAUACGAGAUUCAUACUACAUCAACAGGCUUCUUGAGGAUUACAAUAGAAGGACAGGCGGCGCCGAUGUAUGGCCUGACCGGAGAGAUUGCCAUGUUGCCGGUUCCCGUGGGAACACCGGAUGAGUCGUUUAAGUGGCUGAUUCAUCACAGAAUUUACUACAUCAUCAUGAAGCAAGGAAAGUUGUUUUUCCCUGUUUCGGGCGUCAUAUCUGAGGAUCUACUGACGGCGCCCAGCUCUGGUGAACCUCAGCCGGAGGAGACCGUCGUCAUCGAUCUCAAGUCCGCAAUGCCUAAAGGUUAUAAGAUCAAGAAAACACCCAAAGGCUUCCUGAAGAUAACGGUUAAAGAAAAGGAGGUGCCCACGUAUGCCCUGUCCGGAGACAUUGCCAUGUCGCCGGUUCCCGAUGGGACACCGGAUGAGACGAUACAGUGGAUGAUUCAACACAACAUCUUCUAUCUCAUCAUGAAACAAGGGAAACUCUUCUGGCCCGUGUCCGGUGGCGUAUCUGAAAAGCUGCUGAAAAAGCCAAAGUCCUCCGAGCCUCAGCCAGAAGAAACGGUCGUCAUCGACCUCAAGUCCGUAAUGGCAGAAGAGCUGCCGACUGAUGAGCCUGACACAGAGGAACCCACAGACACCGAAUCGGAGCCAGAACCUACCGACACAGAACCAGAGCCUUCAACUCCAGAAUCGGAGUCGGCAGAUGAACCCGAGGAAGGGCAAGAGCGAUCUCUCCUGGUACCAGCUGUGGAGCCAGCCACAACACCAGAAAAAGAAGUGGAGCCCGCUCCAACGACCCGACCAGUUCCGACUAAGCCUGCUCCCGAGUCUACGACUACACCUGCUCCAGCUCCAACCAGCCUCCCAACCGAAGCUGCACCUUCGACCACUCCGCUGCCAGGGUAUCUGGUUAACAAGACACCGGACGGCUUUAUCACGAUUGUGGAGGAUGGUGAGGAGCUGCCCAAGUACUUCAUCAGCUACCCGAGCACGCUACCGGGACUGAUGAUGCUGAUGAUAAAACAGCCGACCGUUGAAGACUCUGUCCAAUGGCUGCUUGAACAUCACAUCUACUGCAUCAUUAUCACCAGCGACGGAUAUUUCUUCUACCCGGCCAACGGAGUGCCGUCGGAAGAGGACCUGCUGUCAACACAGCCGAAACCUGACGGAGAGAAAAUGGAGGUCGUCAUUCUAAAUCGUCUUGAGAGAUAUGCUCCGACAUCAGGUCCAGACACUGAAAAGGCGCCGUCCACUGCUGUCAAGGUGCCGGAGGAAACACCCACAGUGGUCACAGCAAGUUUCCGGGUGAUAGUGAACUCAGAAGGAAUUCCCGUCAUCUACUCUAACAAAGAUCCGCUGCCAACCAGAAGCAUUUCGUGGUCGCUCAGUACGCCAGGAAUCAGCUGGGGCCUGGUACCGGCGGCUACGUUAGAAGACGCCAUAUUCUGGCUCAUUACCCACCGCGUGACCCAACUCAUCCUAACUCCGGACAUGAAAUAUUACUAUCCAGUCGGUAAAACCUUGACAGAAGAAGACUUGACCUCGCUUACACCGCAGCCUGAGGAUGUGCAGGCCGAACUGGUCGAUAUAUCACCUCUGACGACUCACUCGGUUCGCUGGACAAUUAUCUACGUAAACGGUUACCCACAAGUUGAAUAUACCGGCGACGAUGGAACUAAAGCGCCCAUGGAGACGUACUACGUGCAGGGCGACCAGCCGACCGGCAGCCUGUGGCAGCUGGUGGUCCUGACGAGUGUUUCCAGCAAGCCGGAAACCAGCUGCAUCUACAAGUGCAACACCAUGGGCAUGCCGUGGGUGGCCUUCCGGAUGGGCGAUACGCCGGCGUGCUGGUGCGCUCCCAGCGCUGACGUCACCGGUCUGACGUCAUCGGUGCCAUCGGAACCCGGCUACAUCGAGAUCAUCCACACGAGCACCAUGAGAGAGAGGUUCUAUGUCGAGAUCCACACGGACGGCGUUCGGACGGCAGAGUUCCAGGCCACGCAGGAGCCCUAUCAGUACAUCGACCUGACACUGAAGCGGCCAGUGACGGCCGAGUCUCGGAGGGUGCCGCAGUCGUUCGUGGCCGAGCGGCCCGACUCGCUGCUCUGUUACACGCUGCUGGGCCAGGACCGCUACGGCUGCAGCCCGUACUGCUACGCCAGCGGGUUCCGCUACAGCGCACAGCAGACCACCGCCGACGGCGCGUUCAAGUGCUCGUGCUGCAUGGAGAGGGAGGGCAGCGAGCCGCCGUCGCUGCAGCUUGCCGAGGAGCCGGCCAGCAGCCCGGGCUUCUGGCAGAUGUUCCUGCUGCCCGCGCCGCCUACCAAGACCUACGAGCCAAAUACAGUAGAGAUGCAUUGCAUGUUCCUGUCGCCGACAAGUAUGGCACUGGUGGUCAACGGAAAGGUACAACAGCCAAAGUUUGUCGAUCCCAGUCUGCUGAGUUCCGUGAAGGGAUCGUUCACGCCCGACAACAGCCCGGCGAACCGCGAGGACUGCGCCUACUCAUGUCUCUACAUGGGCUUCUUCGUGGUGGUGGUGUCACAGGACGUGUGUAUGUGCCUGCCCAGCACCGAGCUGCCGCUCUCCGAUGACGAGACGGCCGGCGUGUCUCUGUACGACAUCACAGAGUUCCAGCCCAAGUCGGAGCCCGGAGAUUCCACAGUGAUUUCCUUCACCAUCUAUAACAUACCAAAUAAUUACUACCGUGUCGUAGUGAACAACAAGUGGCUGCCAGCCGGCUUCAGUGCCACCCGGCCGCCUGGCGCCUGGGAGGACCAGGGUCCGAGGGACGUCAACGACUGCCUCAACACGUGCUCCGAGAGCUCCAACCUGUUCAUGAUGCUGCAUACUGUGGACGACGUCACGUCCUGCUGGUGUGCGCCCAGCGCCGACCUGACCAUCCUGGACCAGGAAUACCCCACCGAGGCCGGAGCAUACCAAGUGCUGGAUAUCAGCGAACUCAAAAUAGGAGUCGUGUCCUCAGUCCAGUUUCAAGAUGGCUUUGAAGUUACAUCAACCAGCCUGGCAAAUGAUUACUACACAUUUACAGUUAGACUUCCGGGUGACGCCGAUGCCUCCGAGCUCACCACCUACUACACAGAGUCUGCGCCGUCCUCGCUGCAGCUGUACCCGAUGAGCGAGAACCGUCCUGCAGAUUGUGUCAGCGCUGCCACCCUGAUGAGGUGUGACUUUGUUCUCUGGAACCCGUCUGAUCCUGAGAAGCCGUGUCAGUGUGGCCAGCUCAUCAACGACGGCCCCCUGGGACUGACCGAUACCUCCGUGCCGCGUGAACGUGGCAGUUUAGAAGUGAUCCAGCUCCGCGCUAUGCCACGUCUUGCAGGAGAAUUGACUGCGAUUUCCUACUCAGUCUUUGAAUUCAUUGCAAGCUACUACCGUGUGAUUGUAAAUAAUGAUAUCGUCCCGGCUGGCUUCAGUGUGUCUCAGCCCGCUGGAGCAUGGACUAGCCUGGGCCAGAUGACCAUUUCGGAGUGCAUAGACACCUGCUCACGGGAGAGCGACUUGUUCCUGAUGGUGCGGACGGUGGAUGACGCGACGUCCUGCUGGUCGGCACCGCUUGUGGACAUGAGUCUCCUAAGACAGCAAUUUCCCAGCGUGUCGGGAGAAUAUCAGGUGCUAGACCUGAGCGUGAUGAAAAUAGGAACAAAAAUCACCGUUACGCACAGCGCCGGCUUUAAUGUUAGCUCUACAGGAAUCAAGAACGGCUAUCGUGGAUAUGCUGUUAAGAUGCCAGACGAAUCGGAACCAUCUGAGCUGACGGUCUACUACACCAAGUCUGCACCCUCCUCGCUACAGCUGUUCUUCAUGACUGAACAUUAUCCGGGCAAUUGUGUCGCGUCUGCCAUGGGAAUGAUGUGCGAUGUUGCCAUUUGGAACCCGUCCGAGUCUGAGAAGCCGUGUCAGUGUGGCCAACUCAUCAACGGCGGUCCUCUGGGACUGACCGAUACCUCCGUGCCGGACGUCGCCGGAUACAUGGAAGUGAUCCAACUCCGCGCCAUGCAGCCUCCCGCAGACUUCGAAGGUUUAUCUUAUACGAUGUACGACCUGUUUGCCGGCUACUUCCGUUUGAUCGUCAACUACAAGGCACUCGCGGUGCGCUUCAGCGGAUCUGAGCCCGCCGGGAACUGGAAGAACUUGGGCCACUUGAGCGUUUCUGAAUGUUUAGAUGCCUGCUACCAAGGCGACGGCCUGUUCAUGAUGGUGCAAACGAUGAAUGAUGUCACAUCUUGCUGGUCUGCGUCUCUUGUGGACAUGAGUCUGCUGAGCCGGGAAUACCCUAGCGGGCCGGGAGAAUAUGAAAUAUUGGAUAUCAGUCCCAUGAAGAUAGGAUCGGAAAACACGGUCACUCACAGCAAUGGUCUUGUCGUGACAUCGACAGGAAUACAAAAUGGUUACCGCGCAUUUACCGUAACGAUGCCAGGUACAUCAUUUCCAUCCGGGCUGACGGUCUACUACACCCAGUCCGCUCCUUCGUCACUGCGGCUCCUGCCCGUUAGCAGCGCACAGCCGGCCAAAUGUGUCAGCUCUGCAACGCUGAUGUUAUGUGACGUGGCCGUUUGGGACCCGAAUAAUUCGGACAUGCCAUGUCAGUGUGGCGAGAUCGUCGAAGGUGAAACACUAGGCCUGACCGAUACGUCCGUGCCGGAUACCGUUGGAUUCGUGGAGGUCAUCCAACUGAUUCCCAUGCCACCGCCCGAUGUUGAGCCUGGUCACGCAAGCUUCCAGUCGUUCUGGAUGACGCCAGAAGUCUACAGGCUUAUCUUGAACGGCGAGAUCAUUCCGGCGAGCUUCGCCCGUAGUGCAGCCGUCCAGGCUGCUGCCGGAGUCAACCUGGAUCGGGCUAUUGUCAAAGAGGCGUGCGCCACUACAUGUUUCGGGCUUCACUACAACGGAGCGGCGCUGUCACAUCAAACAUGCCGCUGUCUGGAAGAUCCUAGCAGCGUCUCGUCGCAGCAGCAAUACGUGGCAGGCGAUGACCUGGUGUCGCUGAUCAAUUUCGCGAAGUAUCAGCCUAAGCCAGAUGGUUCAAGUUCGACGAUCACAUUGCAGGUGCCAGGCACACGUUACGGCCGAUUUUUGUUUGGGAACGCCGUGCUGCCUUGCGGAUUCACGCCUCAGAAUGUGGACCCGUACACGGGCCCUCCAGGCUCAUGGAAGGACGCCGGAGAGCGAACAGGCCUGCGCGACUGCGCUUCUGAAUGUAGCAAACUUCAACUGAACUUCGGAGCGAUGCUGCCGCUUGGUAAAAACAUAUUCAAAUGCUGGUGCGCAGAGAGCGUAGACAUGUCUGCAUUCAGUACGGCAAUGCCGGAGGUCGGAGGCCGGGCGCAGAUUCUUGACUUCACCGAUGUUAUCCGCGGAAUCUCGUCUUCAAGGCUGCAGAUUCGUCACGUACACGGUCGCUGAUUUGGCGUACAUGUCGUUGAAUCUAUGGGGCUUGCAUGGUGAUGUUAGUUUUGCCAAUUUGUUGGGAAAACGGCCUGAGAGCAAACCUGACUACAAGCACAACCUGUCAUUUGACAAGGUUUAGGCAAGCUAGAUAUCCAUAAGCGUUUAGGCAUUUCUCCUGUGGAGAUGCUCUCUUAGCAGGCUGUGUGCAGUGCUGUAUAGAAAAGUGUGGUUUUGUUUCCGCAAUUUUUCACGCAUCUAUCUUUGAUUGUGUGACUUUCUAUCUGGGGCUCUCUUCGGGUAGUGUUUUGCCAAAUAAAGUAUACUUAACUGUU